AUGGCCUUUCCCGUGACGGAAACCCAUCGGCAAUCAAACCUCUCAAACGACCGACUGAAAAAGAGCAAGCCCAAACCAACCAAUCCUAUAGAGGAAGCCAUUAAAUCAUGGUUCAGCACUGUCCCGUAUGAUCUCUUGGAAGCAAUACAGCAGUCAGCACUACUGUCAACCGCACCGAAGAGAUGGGUAGUGUACCCCCCGAUGCUUCUUCUGCCCUCGGGUAGCUUCGAGGGAAAUGAGUGGAGGGAAUGUCUAUCGCUGGACAUCCGAAAUGCAGAAGAAAAUUUGUGGAUGAGGAUUUUGCAAGAUGUUGGGAAGAGGGAGGGGAAGGGCGUAUUGACACACUUGGCCAUUAACUCGGGCAUUCCUCUUCUCAACGAAAGCCUUGUUAAUGGGACCGGCAAAAUCGGCCCCGAUACUCGCCAGGGAGAGGAAGAAGUAUCUAUAUCAAACCAGGAACAUGCCGCAGAACAUAACAUCCUUCGUACGCCGACUGGUCUCAAAAUCCUCCAUGGUGACUUUGGUCCUUCUUUAUCACCUACCGCACUUCCCGCAAGCCAAGAUUUUGCCUCCGCAUUCUGGGUCAGUACAAGGCAGAAUGGGAUUACACAAACUUGGGCCCCUCGAUACACGAUGUUUAGCCGAGGCAAUAUCAAAGAAAAAGCCCGGAUUCUGGAUUUCCAUGUCAAAUGCCCAGAAGACAGAAAGAGAGGCAAGAAGGAGCUGCAAGGGGAGGCUGCUGUGGACCUGUAUGCUGGAAUUGGCUACUUCGUGUUCAGUUAUGUUAAGAUGGGCAUGGGAAAUGUUGUGGGCUUUGAGAUGAACCCUUGGAGCGUCGAGGGGUUAAGGAGAGGGGCUGUGGCCAACGGAUGGAGCGUUAGAGUCGUACGAAGCGGCGAGGAAUGGCUGCCUGGCGACGAAAGUGUCACCGUAUUUGUCGAGGACAACGCUAUGGCUUUGGGGAGGUUGGACAAGCUCAAACAUACUUGGUUGGGGAAGGUUACACAUAUCAAUUGUGGACUUCUUCCCACCAGCGACCAAAGCUGGGAAACGGCCUUGAGGCUUGUGUCGAACGAUGGCUGGCUCCACCUGCAUGAGAAUGUAGGAGUGAACGAAGUUCAAGCGAGACGAGAGACUAUCGAGGGCAUCCUCCAAGAGUACUUGAGCCACUCAGCAAAAACGGCCGAAGUACAAGCUGAACAUGUUGAAUUAGUCAAGACUUUUGCCCCUGGCGUGUGGCAUUGCGUCUUUGACAUAUUAAUUACAAGGCAGUAA